CAAAAGUUAUUGCAGUUACAUCCAGUGAGGGAGCUUGUCGCUUGCAUCAGUUUCAAUAUGGCGACCAAAGAGCUUCGAGAAAUUGAUCGCUACGUGAAUUUAUUGAAACAAGAAAUAUCCAAACAAGAUCCCGUUGUUUUGAGUGUUGUGGUUGCUUUAGCUGUAGUUAUUCUAACAAUAGUUCUGUUCAAGAUAAUUCUCGGUAGAAAGAACACUAGAAGAGGUGUACUACUUGUUGGAUUAUGUGAUUCUGGAAAGACCUUGUUGUUUAGUAAGCUGACAAGCGGUAAAUAUGUGAUGACACAGACUUCGAUAAAAGAGAAUUCCGGUACAUAUAAGCUACAAGGAGAGAAAAAAGGAGUUUUGAAAAUAUUGGAUCUUCCAGGGCAUGAGAGAUUGCGUAAUCAUAAAAUAGACCAGUUCAAAGACCAAGCAAGGUGUAUUGUAUUUCUCGUCGAUAGCGUCACAUUUCAGAAGGAUAUAAAAGAAGUCGCUGAGUUAUUAUAUAAUCUUUUGAGUGACCAAGUGAUAUCCCACAAUGCAUUGCCAUUCCUGAUAGCAUGCAACAAGACAGACAUCACCACGGCUAAGUCGUCUAAUGUGAUAAAAAUACAGCUUGAGAAAGAGAUGAAUACACUACGUAUCACCCGUUCAGCUGCAUUGGAAGGAAUUGACAGUUCAGGAAGUAACAAAACGUAUCUUGGAAAAAAAGGCAAAGACUUUGAAUUUUCCCAUCUUAAACCAAUUAAAGUUGACUUUGUAGAGUGUAGUGCUAGGGGGGCCAAAAGUGAAGAAAGUGAGGGUGAUAUUAGUGAGAUUGAGAAAUGGUUAUAUCAAGUUUCAUAAUCAAUGAAUAUUAUAUUAAUGUAACCUUUUCAACUGACCUCUGUAAUCUGACACAUUUAGUCUUCUUAUGUUUUUGGUAGAUGCAGUUGAUCUUACACAUUCAGUUUACUUUCAAUCUGACAUGUGUUCUUGUUUCUGAAUUGCCCUUUUAGCAUCAACACAUUCAGUACUAGUUGACCUCUGUAUUCCGACAAAUUCAAUUGACCUCUGUAUUCUGACACAUUCAAUUAACCUCUGUAUUCCAACUUUAAGUUGAUCUGUUAUUCCAAUGCAUUAAUUUGACCUCUGUAUUCCGACAAAUUCAAUUGACCUCUGUAUUCUGACACAUUCAAUUAACCUCUGUAAUCCAACUUUAAGUUGAUCUGUUAUUCCAAUGCAUUAAUUUGACCUCUGUGUUCUGACACAUUCAAUUAACCUCUGCAUUCUGACACAUUCAAUUAACCUCUGCAUUCUGACACAUUCAAUUAACCUCUGUAAUCCGACACAUUCAAUUAACCUCUGUAAUCCGACACAUUCAAUUAACCUCUGUAAUCCGACACAUUCAAUUACCGGUAACCUCUGUAAUCCGACACAUUCAAUUAACCUCUGUAAUCUGACACAUUCAAUUAACCUCUAUUCCGACACAUUCAAUUAACCUCUGUAAUCCGACACAUUCAAUUAACCUCUGUAAUCCGACACAUUCAAUUAACCUCUGUAAUCCGACACAUUCAAUUAACCUCUGUAAUCCGACACAUUCAAUUAACCUCUGUAAUCCGACACAUUCAAUUAACCUCUGUAAUCCGACACAUUCAAUUAACCUCUGUAAUCCAACACAUUCAAUUAACCUCUGUAAUCCGACACAUUCAAUUAACCUCUGUAAUCCAACACAUUCAAUUAACCUCUGUAAUCCAACACAUUCAAUUAACCUCUGUAUUCUGACACAUUCAAUUAACCUCUGUAUUCCGACACAUUCAUCUCUAUGGAUGUACACACCAAAGACCUCUCUAUUCUGACACACUUGCAUGACCCAAGUACUCAGCUUUGUGUAUAUCAUGUCCUAAUAGGGUCAAAAUAUUAUGUAAAGUUAGUAUUAUAAAUCAAUCAACAUUGCACCUAUUGAUACCAUAUUUUGAAAUUAAUCUACUAUAGCAUUAUUGAAAUUCAUACACAACUAUCUGUACUGGGGGAAGUCCUGGUCAAAUCUUACCAGCAAAUCAUUAUAGUUCUCAUUAUGACAUUUAUAUAUUUGUACAUGUGACGAGUUAGCUAGUUUUAUCUCCUGCAUAUACAGUACAGCUUUCAUGCUGCUUCACCCAUUUAUCACGUUUUUACUGUACCACACUGAUCGGUUCAGCCAUAGUAAUUAAAUUAUUUUGUAUUAGAUCAUUUCAUUUCAAUAAUGAUCUCGCAGACAUGGGUGGUUAUUAGAAGUUAUCCGCCGAUGUUGUGUUUUUCUGGUGUAUGUUAAGUUUGCCAUCGCAGUGGUUGAAAUGUGCAAUGUGAGCCAUAAAAUAUGUAACUAGAACGAUGUCAACGGACGACACUAAUGCGCUCACGAUGUGCAUCAUGAUGUGAUGGCAGACCUCAAUGAAUAUAAAUAUAAUGACAUGGAAAUGUCACACAAUGUCUUUAAAUAUUCAUGCAUUAUCAACACGCCAUUCAUCAAAAGUCACUAUUUUCAGAUUGUGUACUUUUGAAAGGAUUAUUUUAUACAAUUUCUGCCAAAGUAUAUAUCCAGUCAUCCAUGAAGGAAAAAUAAUAGCAUUAAGUAUUAAAUAAGGAACUAUAAUUACAUGUAUGUAUAUUACUAUACAUGAUAUCCAGAGUUUUUGUGAGAAAUUUAUUUCAAUAAAAUGACACUGCAUAUGAACCGCU